AAAUUUGUUUGCUUUAUAAGCUUCGAGCAAUUUGCGGCUAUUGUGAAGUUGCCCUAAUGUUUUGAAAACAUACACAAGAUUCAAGCUCGCAUUUUAUAUUAGCAUCGAGUAUUAUGAAUGUGCAUUGGUUUACACACAAAGCAGACGGCCAACUGGCCGUGUCACGAAGCGGACGCGAAGCAUACGCACAUUAUCUAUAUGUAAUAUAAUAAUUUAAAAGAAAAAAAGCGGACAAACCUAUAAAUAGCAAUGGACAGUCAAGAAAAUGAACCUUUGCGGGUGAACGGCAAUGGAACGAUUGGUGCUAAUAAUGACAAUGUUGCAGAUUCGGAAGUCUCGGUGCUACACAAAUCCGGCGGCAUCAAAAUUGUCACUGAUAAUAACAAAAACAAAAAAGAAGCAGAAAAUCAACCAGGAGGAUGGACUUGUUUACUAAUUAUUGCCAGUAUAACUGGAUGUUUAGGAUCAGCAUUACCAGCUGGAUAUAACAUAGGCUCUAUGGGAAAUGCUGCAUCUAUUAUGAAACAAUUUUGCAAUGAAAGUGUGCAUUAUCAAUUUGGAAUGAACACAUCACUGAGUGAAACUAGUUUGGAAAUUUUAUGGUCUGCAAUUGUUUCAAUCUUUUUAAUCGGUGGAGUCACAGGAUCUUUGACUGCUGGGGAUUUAGCAGAUAGAAUAGGUCGAAAAAGAGCAUUAAUAGUUGGGAAUAUUUUUGGCAUACUUGGAGCUAUUCUUUUCUGGAUAACACCAGUUUCUAAUUCUGUUAUACCAUUUAUGCUGGGAAGAAUCCUUGUUGGUAUUUCUGGUGGACUUGCCACCAGUCUCUUACCAACUUACAUGACAGAAGUUGCUCCAAUCAAAUUACGUGGAGCUGUUGGUGUUUUAUGUCAAUUAGGAAUUACUUGUGGCGUAUUACUUGGACAAAUAGCUGGCCUUGGUUCUGUUUUAGGAACCAAGGAUCAUUGGCACUACAUGUUGGCAGCCUUUGCUCCAUUUUGCAUAGUAUCUUCUUUAAUACUUGUUACUUUAUUACCAGAAACUCCAAAGUAUCUUUAUGUUGUUAAAGGAAAAAAGGAAGAUGCAAUAAAAGUUUUAAGCUCUUUUAGAAACACUGAUAGGGUACUAUUGCACAAAGAAAUAGAUGACUUGGAGAUGGAAUUAACUACACAGUCAUCAAACACUAGCUGGACGAUAUCCAGACUGUUUAAAGAACCAACUUUAAAAUUACCACUUAUGCUUGUAUGCUUUUUACAACUUGGUCAACAAUUAAGUGGUGUCAAUGCAGUAUUUUAUUAUUCAAACGAAAUUUUCAAAAAAGCAGAUUUGGAUGUAAAAACUUCCCAAUACGCUACAGUCGGAACAGGUAUAAUUAACGUGGCAAUGGCACUGAUAUCUGUACCUAUGAUGUCUAGAUUUGGGAGAAGAACUCUGUUUCUUGUUAGUGCCAGUACAUCAAUAGCAUGUUUACUAGUGCUUAGCGCUUCAGUUGCUAUGAUUGACGUUUCAUUCAUGAAGUGGAUUUGUAUGGCGGCUGUACUUGCAUUUGUAUUAUUUUAUGGCAUUGGAUUGGGACCUAUUCCUUACUUCAUUGGUUCAGAAUUAUUUGAUGUAGGUCCCAGAUCGGCUGCAAUGUCAGUGGGAAGUAUGUGUAAUUGGGGUGGCAAUUUCAUUGUUGGAAUGACAUUUACUCUCUUACAAAAAUAUUUGGGAUGGGGAUCGUUCUUCUUUUUCAUAUUCUGUACAAUGAUGCUGGCACUGUUCUGCAGGAUAUACAUGCCCGAAACGCGAGGAAAACCAACGCAUGAAAUAGCAGAAUCGGUAUCAUAUGGAUUACACUCAAGACCCAAUAUACCAUCUACGCCUGUCUACCCAUCUGUGUAAUGUGAAACAUGACAGUCUUCCUAUAUAAAGAAACAGUACUUCAGACGUCUAUUGUAGAUAAUUUAAAACAUCAGUAUGGCGUAAGAAAGUACUUCUAAUAUAUUUAUUUUGGGUGCUUUCGAUUUUCAAAAUGGCACCAAAGAUUAUAAAAGAGAAUAACGUUAAAAAUUCUAAGUCUACGGUGUGUUGAUUACUUUUUACAAGUUAUAGUCAUUUUAAACGCAACAAUUAGAUAUAUUUUAAUUUUUUAACUUUUAAUUUAAAUAAUGAAUUGAACAACUUGCGAUAUUGGUUUGAAAUAGAAUAACUAACAAUUCGCUAUGUUGCGCGUUUUUAAAUCUCUUGUUCGUAUGCAUUUUAUAUAUACCUUUGUAGUUUGUGUAAAAAUUUUUUGAGGCAGUGUACAUUGUAAGAGCGUUUACGACGAUAUUCUUGUUCUCAUUUUUUUAAAAUGUUUACAUAAAUGUGAUAAGCAUUGUAAUUUUAUACACUUUUGUACGGCGUACCAUGACGAUCAACGUUUUAUCUAAAAUUUUCACUAAAAAACUGAUCGAAUUUCUCGUAAAAAA